AUGGAACCCUUUGGCCUGGGACCGGAGGGGACCGUCCACACGCCUCCACCUCCUCCUCCUCCGCCGCCGCCGCCGCCUCCUGCCCAGGAGCCCAUCCGCUUUGGCAUCGACCAGAUCCUGGGCUGUCCGCAGCCGCCGCCACCGCAGCAAGAGGACAGUGGCGUGGCCGCCGUCGGAGAGCCCGAGCUGGCGCUUUACAACGGAGGAAGUUACGGCGCAGAGUACAACGCAGCUUGCUCCCUCAGCGCCUACGGCCUUUCCGGGGCUUCUGUGGGCAGUGGCGCCGGCGUGAUCCGAGUGCCGGCGCACAGACCUGUCCCCUCGGGGCCGGUCCAUCCUCCGUCGGGGGGCCCUAGUCUCACUUUUCCUUGGAUGGAGAACAACCGGCGGCUUGCUAAGGACCGGAUCGCAGCCACGCUGCCACCUUUCUCUGUGGCCCGGCGCGUCGGCCACCCCUACCAGAACCGCACGCCACCCAAGCGCAAAAAGCCACGCACGUCCUUCUCAAGAGCGCAAAUCUGCGAACUGGAGAAACGGUUCCACCGGCAGAAAUACCUGGCCUCCGCCGAGCGGGCAGCCCUGGCAAAAGCUCUCAAGAUGACCGACGCCCAGGUCAAGACCUGGUUCCAGAACCGCCGCACCAAGUGGAGGCGCCAGACAGCCGAGGAGCGCGAGGCGGAGCGCCAGCAGGCCAACCGGCUGAUGCUGCACCUCCAGCAGGAGGCCUUCCAGAAGAGUCUGGCCGGGCAGCCGCUGCGGCAGGACCCGCUCUGCCUGCACAACUCCUCGCUCUUCGCCUUGCAGAACCUGCAACCCUGGGCCGAGGACCACAAGGUGACCUCCGUUUCGGGGGCGGCGGCCGUGGUGUGAGUCCCUCCCCCGACUGAAGCAGAAGGAGGAGGAGGAGGAGGAAGAGGGAGCCGCGAGGGCAGGGGAGGGGCCCUGCCCUGCCCUGCGCUGACUCCUACCGUGGAAAGCCGUCAGAGAGCGAAGGGAUCGCCGACCGGUGCGUGGACUUCAGGGCCGAUUCUCCCGGGGCCCGGCAGAAACCCUCCCCGAAAGCGAGCGGGACCCUCCUUUCCCCGCCUCUCCAACUCUUCCCUCAAGAGCUACCGCUAAUUUAUACUGACUGGUUCUCUCACUAAUAAAGUGUAACAU